CGUAAGGCUGCAGGGAGGGGAGGAGAGAGGCUGGGCCAGAUUCCCCUUCAGCCACUCCCAGUCUUUUAAGGAGCUGAGAGCUGAGCUGAGCUGGAGUCUCCUAUCCACCUCCGAAAGCCUCACUUCACAUCCCUACUGAGGGUUCUCCUUUUGAAACAUAUUUCCACUGGCAUGUGUCGACGGUAGACAUGGAUCCCGAAGCUUCAAGCAUGGAAGACGAUCCACAUGUUAAGGUGAUGAUGGCCGGGUCGAUUCUAAGGAAAGUCAAGUCCCGCUCCUGGAAGAAGAAUCGCCAUUUUCGCCUUCUGGAGGACGGCUUGACGAUCUGGUACAAAUCCAAAUGGGUCGGGAAAGGCCACGCCACCUUCUCAGUGACCGAUUUGGAAGCUGUGCGUGAAGGCCAUCAGUCUGAGGUCCUGCUAAACAUCGCCGAGGAGUUCCCCGCUGAGCUCUGCUUCACCUUGGUGUUUCACGGCCGCCAAGGCACUCUGGACCUUGUGGCCGAGUCCCCAGAAGAGGCCCAGGCCUGGAUCCAGGGGGUGCGCAAGCUGAUUCACAAAUCUCAAACAAUGGAUGAGAAGGAGAGGCUGGACCAGUGGGUCCGGGACUGGUUUCAUAAAGCCGACAAAAACAAAGAUGGGAAGAUGAAUUUCAAAGAAGUGAAGACGCUGCUGAAGAUGAUGAAUGUAGACAUGAAUGAGGACCACGCGCUUCAUCUCUUCACGAUGGCCGACAAGCCGGAGAGCGGCUCUUUGGAAAUCGAGCAGUUUGUCCAGUUCUAUAAGAUGCUGACUCAAAGGGACGAAGUGUGGAAGGUGUUCCAGGACUACUCUGAAGAUGGAGAGAAGUUGAUGUUGGAGGAGCUGGAAAACUUCCUGCAGACGGAGCAGCACGAGGGAGAGCAGAGUUCCCAGCAUGCCCAGGAGCUAAUUGACCGCUAUGAGCCGUCAGAGAAUGCCAAGAAGCAAGGCACCAUGUCCUUAGAUGGUUUCCAGAUGUACCUGUGCUCCCAGGAGGGCUCCAUAUUCAAACCUGAGCAUCAGGACCUUUACCAGGACAUGAGCCGGCCGCUCAGCCACUACUUCAUCUCCUCUUCACACAACACCUACCUGCUGGAGGACCAGCUGCGGGGCCAAAGCAGCUUGGAGGCCUACAUCCAGGCUCUGAAAAGAGGCUGCCGUUGUGUAGAAAUAGACUGCUGGGAUGGCGGCGAUGGGGAGCCGGUUGUGUAUCACGGUCACACUUUGACCUCAAAAAUCUUCUUUAAGGACGUCAUUUCAACGCUUAAAGAAUACGCCUUCAAGGCGUCUGAGUUCCCUGUCAUCCUGUCACUUGAGAAUCACUGUGGUGUGGAGCAGCAGGCGGUCAUGGCCCAGUACCUGACUCAGAUCCUGGGGGACAUGCUGCAGACCACCCUGCUGGAUGGACAGGUCCCUCAGCAGCUCCCUUCUCCACAGGAACUGAAGGGCAAGAUUUUGCUGAAAGCUAAGAAGAUCGGUGGUCUAGAAGAGUGCCUCGAUGAAACCCUGACAGAUGAAGGGAGCGAUGAGGAAGAGAUGGCCAACGGUGACGCUGAGAUGGCCUCUACAGAAGAUCCAUCUGACAAGGAGUCCAAACAAAAAUCCGACAUGUCCCGGGAGCUGUCAGACCUGGUGACUUACUGCAAGAGCGUGCACUUCCACGGCUUCGAGCACGCUCGUUCUCACGCCAAAUGCUACGAGAUGUCCUCAUUCUCUGAAUCCAAGGCCAAGAGGCUUGCUAAGGAAGCAGGGACUGAUUUUGUGCAGUACAACUCACGGCAGCUGAGCAGGACGUACCCCAGUGGCCUCAGGACGGACUCAUCCAACUACAACCCGCAGGACAUGUGGAACGUGGGCUGUCAGAUCGUGGCUCUGAAUUUCCAGACGGCCGGUCUGGAAAUGGAUCUGAACGACGGGCUGUUCGGGCAGAACGGCUGCUGCGGCUACGUCCUAAAGCCCGACUUCAUGAGCGACGGAAACACUCAGUUCAAUCCGGAAAAACCUGAAGAGUGGGAAGGCUACAAACCACUCCGCCUAUCCAUACAGGUGAUCAGUGGGCAACAGCUUCCAAAGGUGAACCAGAAAGAGGGCUCUAUUGUAGACCCGCUGGUCCGAGUGGAGAUCUACGGAGUACCACAGGACCAGGCCAGGGAGGAGACCGGUUACAUUAACAACAAUGGUUUUAACCCAGUGUGGAAUGAAACUCUAAAUUUCACCAUCCACACCCCUGAGCUGGCUCUGGUUCGCUUCGUGGUCGAGGACUAUGACAAAGCAUCAAGGAACGACUUCAUUGGACAGUACACUCUGCCCUUCACGUGCAUCCAAACAGGAUAUCGUCACAUACAUCUACUCUCUAAGGAUGGAACGGCUAUCCCGCCCUCGUCGCUCUUUGUUAACGUCAGCAUUUCAGAGCUCACAUGAAGAAGAAUGCGAUGAUGUGGUCACGAGGACAACAUGCACCACUGCUUCAAUCUGCCAAAGCUAAAUGAGACCGUCACACUGAACCUGAGUGAGCAAAUCCUCUCAGAAACCAGAAACUGUUUUAAUGAAUUUCUGUAGCAGCAAAGUUGAGUUGAUGCAUCUCUUUUAAGAUCAAUCUAUAAUUUUUAACCAAGAAAUAAAAAACUGGAGCGUGCAGUACUGUGUAAAAACUGGAAGAAGAUUUAUUCAGGUUUUUAAGUCUAAAAUGUGCACGUUUACAGUUUCAGCCAUUUAAAAAAGAUUUUAACUGUAAGGAUGUGAAAGUAAAACGAAAGAUUGCUGCAUGCAGAGAAUUUUUAAAAUAUCUGAAAGUGUGGGAGAAAAAAAAGACCAAGUUCAAUAUUAAACAUCCAGAAAUAUCCUCUCAGCUUUGCAUCGUGUUGUGCGGUUCGGCUGCCAAGUAUCUGCUUGAAUGACUUUCUAAUUAUGGAUGUUCUUCAUGGCCAUGCUGUGUAUAAUGUAAAUAUAUGUUUAUAUGGAAUUUGCUGAACGGUUAAACACCUGUAAAUAAAAUUCAAUCAUUCACAAACAUGUGUG